AUGGCAGCAGGAGAUGACUUGAAGGACAGUACAGCAGGUGACUUUUGUCUCAUAGGUGUCUGUCUCUGCCUCACAGGAGGGUUUAGGCUGCUGCUGGUGGCAGUGGGGACAGCCCAGCAGGAGGCAGUGGCCUUUCUGGAGGAGGAGAGCAUGGCUAUGAACAGGAUGAAGAUCCACUUAAAGCACAAGUGAGCCUUUGUUGAGGAUAAGCUCAAACUGGAGAAGAUGCCCGCUCACUCUAAGGGCUUCUUCUUAAAAGUAGGGAGUGCUGUGAAUUCAGGAAGACCUCCAGGUUGGAUGCCCUCCCCCCACAUCGGGCUGAAGGACAAACGGUCUCGAAUCAGGUGGGUCAUCAUGGAGACCGACACCUGCUUCAAGGACUUUCUUGUCAGACCUAGAGAGAAACAGCCAGAUAAAAAGGGCAUGAACUUGCAGUGUGAGCAACAGAGACCAAACUCCCUGCUCACCUCGCUCGAGACAGCCCACCGACCCGGUGAGCCCCCUGAGACCGGGGUUGAGGUAUGUGGGGCUGACAUUUACCUUGAUAUGACGUACAGAAGCAUUGACCAGGCAGGAUCAGAAAGCCAUAGCUGCACCUCGGGGAACAACUUCUGGAGCAUCCUGCGGCAUGGGAAAGGGUUUUCUGCAUGGCAUAGUGAUGUGGAGAUGCUCCUCAAAAUUGAUGUGUUUGGUCAUGUCACCUAUGAUGACAUGACCUUGACACACCAGUAUGAUUAUGAUUUUGUUGAGCCCCUCUACCCUGACUUUUGGCUUUUAAAGAAACCAAAUGUCAGGGUAAUGUGACUGGGGGAAGAUGCUGAGAAGAUCCCCGCUUCCUUGCCUUCCUUUGGGGAGCUGCUCCCUUGA